AAGGUACUAUCACUGCAGAACUUUGCCGUCCCGUCUCUUCUAAACAGCAGUACAACAAGCCUUUAUAGCCUUGUUUCCGGAAACUUCUAGUGCUGGCAUUUGCACUACAGUCUCCUCCAGCGCUGCAUGUCUGAUUUCCACACCCCGGAAGAGCGCAAGCGCAGGGCAGAGGAGGAUUUUUCCCAAGACUCAGCUCAUCCUUCCAAGAAACAAUACACUGGCGAUACGGCCAGUUCUCUGUAUAUAGGUCCCAGCAAUGACGAGCUCAGUUCGGGCCGACCGGUCAGGUUGAGUAAUUAUGAUGGAAAUGUAUCACGUCAGCCAGUAUCUAGUGGGACUGCACUGGAAAUGGAUAUGGAAGAUGCGGACGGCGAUAUACCCGGAUCGGGCGUUUUGGCAUAUCAAAAGAAGGCAAUUUGGCGUCAAAUGCAGUUUUACAAACGUAGAUAUGAGCGAGCAGCGGAACGACUUACGGCUUUCGAGCAGAAGGAGAAGACGUUUGAAUCCACAUUAGUACAUGUAAACACUUACUGUACCAAGGUAUUUGAAGAUCUGCUACACUUUCGAGAUCGGAUGAACUCAUCGUUGAGGGGCGAGGAGAUCCGAAAAUACCAAACUGAUGAUAUAUACGGUUCAGAAUUGCUGAAACAGUUGGCAGAUCCCGAAAUUUCAAUUGAAGGGAUUGACAAUACAAUGCGGGAACAGUGGGUUUCCAUAAGAAAUCUGCUGCAAGAUCUGUUAAGAGGAAUCGAUUCCGCAGCUGCUAUUCUGGCAUCUUCACAUGAUUCAGAUUCCCGUAACAUGAGUGAUUCUGAACAAUUGCGUGCUGAGCGUGCUAAGGUCGACAAUCUGCAGGCACGAUGUGAACAAUUGACUUUCGAGGUUUCCGCCUUACGAGGCGACUUGACGUUGCGAAAAAGGGAAACUCGUCACUUGCAGAACGAACUUAGUGUAGCUAGGGAUCGUCUGUCAAGCGUUGAGCGAAAGCUGGAUCGGUCGAAAACCGAACCGGCAGCAAUUGUGAAGGAGGAUAUAAAAAUUGAAAGCGAAAUGUGCUCUCCCCCAAGAAAAUGCGAAGAAGAAGCCGAUUCUGCUUCGAUGGUGGCAGAGAUCCGACUUGCUGACAUUCAGCGAAUCCGGGCUGAGAAAGGUCAACUGAUGCAUGAGCUCGAACAAUUGCGACUACAGGUUGCAAACGGUAUUUUUUCAGAUGACAGAAUACGGGACUCUCCUAUUUAUAAAAAUUUGGAGGAAGAGUAUAAAUAUCAUGUCAAUGAGAAUGAGAUUAUCAAAACUCGAUUAGAGAAGCUAAGUAGGGAAGUUGAGGAACUGAGGAGCGAGAGACGAAAGUUCACUGAAGAGUUGGAGAAUGAGGAGAGUUCACGUCGUAAGGUGUUGGAGACAGAAAUGCGCAAGCUGGAGGGCGACCUAACGCGCAUUCGCGGGAAUCGUGAUCAUUUGCAACAUGCUCUGGAUCUGCGAUGUUCAAAGGAUGAGGUUGAAAUCGUGCAAAUGCAGGAAAUCCGCGUGAUUGCCAACACCAGAAAGGAUCGAAUCGUGUGUCUAGAGGCAGACCUUCAAAGGCUGAAGAUGCAAAUUGCAGCCGAUAUGGGAGAUCAAGCUUUGUUGCGCUUUUUCGAAGAAGCGACAGACGGAAAUCCGUUGGAGGAUUUGCGGCAAAAACUGCGCGCUGCAGAGAAUAAAAUCAAAAGCCUUGAGGAUACCGUUAAUUCGUAUCAGGACGCUUCCGAAAGUGUUGUAGAACGUCAGCAGAUAAUGCUUUCGGAGCGGCAAGCAAGAAGAGAAUUGGAGAGCGCGCAACGCCAGCUAGAGUCAUAUGAACGAUGUUUCGGAACCCUUCCAGACUCAGACGACGCCGCGGGGCAUCUGGUUGCAAAAUUACAUGAAAAAGAUGCAUUGCUCGAGAAAUUGCAAGGAAAGAUUGAAUACUAUGAAAAAACCGAAUCCCGGUUAUUAUCGGAAAUCGAAACGCUUGGUAAGGCGUGGGCUGAGUUGGAGGAUCAAAACUCGCGGAAGGUGCUCAACUUAGCGCAGAAAGAAGACCAUAUCCUUCGACUGAUGGCUGAGAAAACGAAAUACGAUCAAAAAUGUGCGAUGCUUACGAAGCAAAGCACAACCUAUAACAACCUUGGGAUAGCAUUAAAACGGCAGUCUGAUAAGCAACUGGAGCAAAUACGAAUUCUUGAACAGCGCGAAAAGGCCCUGUCGCAGCAACUGCAAGCACGAGAGAAAGAAUUAGCAGCAAAAAGCAUCGCAGGCGAUCAGCAACAGAGACGAUGUGGAGACCUCAUACGUGAAGUUGCUGGAUUGAAGGAUAAAGAGCAGCGAUGGUCUGCGAAGUAUGACAAUGCAACCAGCGCACUGAAAAAGAAAAUCACUCUCCUUGAGAACACGGCCGAAGAACAUAGAAAAGCCCGAGAGGAGGUUGAAAUCUUACAGCGAAGACUGGAUAAAUACACGAAGUCCGAGACUACGCCCGACACAAACUUGAUGCGACAAAUUGAAGAGUAUAAGCUCUUGCUGAAGUGCAGCAGUUGCAAUAAUAACUUCAAAAGUCAUGUGUUAAAUAAAUGCAUGCACACAUUCUGCAAGGAUUGCAUCGAUGACAUGUGGACGUCCCGCCAGCGGAAGUGCCCUACCUGCGGAAUAGCGUUUGCACAACAGGAUAUCCGCCAAGUAUAUCUGUAAAUAGCAAUCAAAAGCGCUGGACGUUUUCGCGAAGUUAGUCGCGCUUGCACUGUAGUGUUCUUAGAAACGUUUGCGCAAAUGCUUUUGGUAUUUGACCCAUUGGCUAGGUCGACGUUCAUUGUCAUGGCAACAGGGAUAUAAAUGAAAUUGGAAAAGCAGCUGGCAGCUUAGAGUUUGUUCGCCUUGAAGUUUUGAUUUGCAAAAUGCGUCUAGUGCGUCCACGGGAGCCUCUCCUCAACUCCAUAAUUCCGCAGCGGACGGGAUCGGUAUCCCUAAAAGUUUACGUUCUUGUUGGUGUCGUGUCAGCCUUUACUGGAGCUUACGUCUUCGAGCCUUACUUGAAGCAGUAUUGGGGGGCGACAAACUCGGACGCCAGGGGAGAUGCGUGAGGUCAUAUGCAUGCUAAAUGGGUCCGCUAGUACAUGCGGAUGUGUAUUGGAGCGAAGCGUAUACCCGCUAAAUAGGAUGUUGAACAGUCUCCGGAUGGCAAUAUCGCAAGCGCUCACUUCGGAAGUCUGACCGGGUACAACCGAAGGUUCGCAUGAGCUGUCUGCGGUGGUGAACUAUGCAAUAUGGGCUCCCUAUUUCAUCCUAGAAGCUUGAGAUAGGUCAUUUGUCAUAAUACCAGACUGGUUUACGUCCUUUCAGCCAAUUGUAGUCAUAAUGGAGAUCUCCCUCUAUACAUACUCUGUUUUAAAAGAAAUGUAUGUAUUGAUAUAUACAUGAGGAGCUUCUAAGCCCCCCCUCGAUUUCCGGCCCAAUACUCUCCUAUGGAAUCAUCCCCAAACAUGUCGUCAUCCGCGGUCCCAAUAUUCGCACCUUGGCCUC